UUUUCCCCAGAAAACAGAGAAGAAUGAAGCUGAAUAACAAAGCAGAAGUGAAUUAGUCCAAAGAAGCAAAACGGAGAAGAAUCAUAAAGUUUAAUCAACCAACACCCGCUUACAGAGGUGAAUUUGCAAUGGAGAAUUAUGAGGAGGAGAAGGAUGGAGGUUUUGGGAAUUAUAUGCCUAAAGAACUAAGUAUGAGUUUAGCUAAUGGUACCAAAUUUGUUGAUGAAGUAUUAGCCGGUCAGAGUGAUCGUUGCCUCGAAAAUUUCCGAAUGGAUAAGCAGGUUUUCUACAAGUUAUGUGAUAUAUUACAGGGCAAGGGGUUGCUACGACAUACGAGUAGAAUCAAGAUUGAGGAGCAAUUAGCUAUUUUCUUGUUCAUUGUUGGGCAUAAUCUAAGGACUAGAGCUGUCCAAGAGUUAUUCCGGUAUUCAGGAGAAACUAUUAGUCGUCAUUUCAACAAUGUUUUGAAUGCUAUAAUGGCAAUUUCAUUAGAUUUCUUUAAUCCUCCAGGGUCUGAUGUUCCUUCAGAAAUCUUGGGGGAUCCUAGAUUUUAUCCUUAUUUUAAGGAUUGUGUGGGAGCAGUCGAUGGCAUACACAUACCUGUUAUGGUGGGUGUGGAUGAGCAAGGGCCCUUCCGAAACAAAAAUGGAUUACUUUCUCAAAAUGUUUUGGCAGCUUGUUCAUUUGAUUUGAAGUUCCAUUAUGUUCUAGCUGGUUGGGAAGGCUCAGCUUCUGAUUUGCGAGUUCUAGAUUCAGCUCUUAAAAGGCGUAACAAGUUGCUGGUGCCUGAAGGUAAAUUCUAUCUUGUCAACAGCAAUUAUGCAAAUUUGCCAGGCUUCAUAGCACCGUAUAAUGGGAUUUCUUACCCGUCAAAUGAUUUUUCCGGUGUUUAUCAUCCUCAAGAUCCAAGAGAACUAUUUAAUCAAAGGCACUCGCUGUUGAGAAAUGCUACUGACCGCAUCUUUGGAGCACUAAAGGCACGUUUUCCUAUAUUGAUGUCAGCUCCACCAUACCCGUUACCGACGCAGGUUAAGUUGGUUGUUGCAACUUGCGCAAUUCACAAUUAUAUCCGUAGAGAGAAACCAGAUGAUCUAAUUUUUAGCAUGUAUGAACACAAUGAUACACUCCAAGUGGACGAAUUAUUACCCCCAUUAGAGGUUGAACAGUCGAUGAUGCAAACAGAGAACCAGGUUCUGGACAUGGGUUUUGACUCUGAACAGCUUGAAUUUAGCUCGCAGUUACGAGACUCUAUUGCAAGUAGUAUUUGGGAUGACUAUAUCAGUGAUCUGUCCGUUAUAUAGAUGGAUUUGUAGCAGUUACUUUCAGGAUAGAAUUGAAAUUCUUUUUAAGAAUAUAGGCUGUUCAAAAUCUAUUUUAGAUAAUGAUUUUAGUGUACAUUUGUAUUUUGUUUAUACAAAUGAAAUAUAUUGAUAGAUCACAAUUUUACAA